UGCCAACCGUCAAUAAACACCAAGAAGAACCGAGCCACAGUUUUCAGCUACAUGCAUUUGUGUGACACACUGGCGCUUAAGUAUUUGUUUGUCGUUUUAACAGUUCCUUAAUUAUACAACGUAUUCUCAUCGACUCUAUUCAAAGCUAGAAAUACACGAUUUCCAAUUUUAUCUGGAAAGACACCAAAAUGGCAGAAAGUACAGAUCAAAACGAACCGAAGCACGACAGCUCAUCAUCCCCUGGAAUGACAGAACAGGAAAAAGAAAUGGCAGCUUGUGCAUAUGAGGCGUUUUUGGCUGGGAAAUACGACGAGUCCUUCAAACACCUGGAUGCCCUGCAAGAGCUCAACAAAGACAACUACAAGAUAGCCAUGAAUAAAGCUGUAGUGGAGUUUUAUAAAAACGCUCAAACCACUACUGGGACUCUCAGGCAAAUAUUGAUGGCAAUGAAGAAUCAGGUUCAUACAUCAGCAGAGGAUGUGGAUGGGUUGGAUGAUGUUGAAAAUAGUUUGCUGUAUUAUAACCAAGCCAUCAUAUACUAUCAUAUGCGACAGUACACUGAAGCAAUUUCUAUAGGAGAAAAACUCUAUCAGUUUCUGGAACCAUUUGAAGAGAAGUUUGCUUUGGCUUUGUGCUUCCUGCUGGUGGACCUGUACCUUCUUACCUUCCAGCCAGAGAAGGCUCUCCAUCUGCUUGCUGUUCUGGAUAAACUUUCUGUACAAGGAAGCAACAAGAAUGGCAAAGCGGAGAGCAGAGAUGGAGCGAACCAGAAGGCAGAGUUUACUGCCAUGAUUGAUGCAGCCAAGUCAAAGAUGCACCAGUACAAAGUGAGAGCUUACAUCCAAAUGAAGUCCUCAAAGGCUUGUAAAAGAGAGAUCAAGUCAGUGAUGAACACAUCAGGGAAUUCUGCACCCUCACUCUUCCUCAAGAGCAACUUUGAGUACCUGAGGGGAAACUACCGGAAAGCAGUAAAACUGCUGAACAGCUCCAACAUUGCAGAGCAUCCUGGACCUAUCAAGACAGGUGAAUGUGUUCGAUGUAUGUUCUGGAACAAUCUGGGCUGCAUUCACUUUGCAAUGGGGAAGCAUAACCUGGGCAUUUUCUACUUCAAGAAGGCACUUCAAGAGAACGACCACACCUGUGCACAGCUGGGAGACGGUGGUAACGGGCAGUCUAAAAAGUUCACAGGCAUCCCCAUGUGUGCCUUGCUUGCUAAUAAGCGCUAUGAGCUGCUGUACAACUGUGGGAUUCAGUUGCUACACAUUGGCAGGCCGCUAGCAGCAUUCGAGUGUCUGAUGGAGGCUGUGCAGGUUUACCACUCUAACCCUCGACUCUGGUUACGACUCGCAGAGUGCUGCAUCUCUGCCAACAAAGGGGGCUCGGAGCAGGAAAGCAAAGGUUUGCCUUGUAAAAAAGGAAUAGUACAGUCGAUUGUUGGGCAGGGUUACCAUCGCAAGAUAGUCCUGGCGUCUCAGACUACCCAGAACACCAUCUACAGCGAGGGCCAAUCGGCAGCUAUUCCAGUAGCCAGUAUGGAGUUUGCUGCAAUCUGCCUGAGGAACGCUUUGCUGCUGCUGCCUGAACAUCAGCACCAGGAUGCCAAGACAGAGAAUGGCUCCAAAAGCUCCAGUCAGUCGGGAAGUACUGAGAGCGGCAGUGAGAACAGCGAUGCCUGCAGUGGGAAAGGUCAAGAUGCUGAUAAGUUCUUGUCUGCAGCUCCAUCCUCUCCUCUCAGAAAACAGGAGGUUGAAAACCUGAGGUGCUCCAUCUUGGCAUGUAGUGCCUAUGUGGCUUUGGCGCUGGGAGAUAACCUAAUAGCUCUCAACCAUGCUGAGAAACUGCUUUAUCAGACAAAGGUGUCUGGAUCCCUCAAGUUUCUAGGUCAUCUCUAUGCUGCUGAAGCCCUCAUCUCCCUGGACAGGAUCUCUGAUGCCAUCUCUCACCUCAACCCAGAGAACGUCACUGAUGUCUCAAUGGGAGUUCUGACCAGCGAGCACGAUCAAGCGUCUGAUAAAGGAGAUGAGCCUGUUGAGUCCUCAGGGAAGCAGAUGCCUCUGUGUUACCCCAGCAGCGUGACAUCCGCACGGGCCAUGAUGCUCUUCAACCUGGGCAGUGCCUACUGCUUAAGAAGCGAGUAUGAUAAGGCCCGCAAGUGCCUGCAUCAGGCUGCGUCUAUGGUGAAUGCCAAGGAGAUUCCCCCUGAAGCCAUCCUGCUGGGAGUGUACUUGGAACUACAGAAUGGAAACACCCAGCUGGCUCUGCAGAUCAUCAAACGGAAUCAGCUGCUGCCCCUGGAAGUCCACCGGGUCUCCCCAGACAGCCGGAAGAAGCCCAUCCAGCUACCUUUGUCUUUCACGCAAGUUCAGCGCAAGUGAUCCCACUCAAAGCUGCUCCCAUUUCCCUCAUAGCCCCAGGAAACCUGGUAUUUAUGAAGCUACUUCCCCAUAAUGUCAGGAGCCAUAGUAAUGCAUGUGUGGCUGCAGACAAAGGAGAAUGUCAGCUGCAUUACAACCAGUUGACUUUUUAUUUGACAAGAAUUUGUGUUGACUGAACAAUAAAAAAUUGUAUUUACCUUAUAAAAAA